UGUUUUUUCAGAGAAAAUGGUUGAACAGGAGAACAUCCAGAUCUCUGAGCAGGAGGCCCAGCUGUAUGAUCGACAGAUCAGAUUGUGGGGAUUAGACGCACAGAAGAGACUAAGAUCUGCCAAGGUUUGUCUCAUCGGUAUGCGAGGACUAGGAUGCGAGGUAGCAAAGAAUCUAGUUCUGUCUGGUAUUAACAGCUUGAAGAUGGUGGAUCCAGCCAAUGUUACUGAGGAAGACGCAACCAGCCAGUUCCUAGCUCCCAGGGAUAAGAUCGGAAGCAAUAGAGCUGAAGCCUCCUUGGAGCGGGUGCAGCAGCUUAACCCUAUGGUUGAGGUGACAGCUGAUAAAUCCCCAUCAACGGAGAAGGAAGCAGAAUUUUUUAAACAGUUUACAAUUGUUAUAGCAACCUGCACUCCUAAGGAUGAGUUGGUUCGAAUCAACAGUAUUUGUAGAGCAGAGAAGAUUAAGUUCUAUGCUGGUGAUGUGAUGGGUUUCUACGGGUUCUCCUUCAUGGAUCUAGUUGAGCAUGAAUAUGUAGAGGAAGAGGUUACUCAGAACAUUCAACCAUCCCAGAGUGAGGGUGGUGAUGAACCUGGACAGAAGAAGCAGAAGCUGGAGGAGACCAUCACCAAGAGUGUCAAGAAGGCGAUGACCUUCGUUAGUCUGGCAGAGGCGCUUAAGGUUGACUGGAGCUCCGAGCUGUAUGCAAAACGUGUUAAGAGAAUGGAUCCUUCCUUCUUCCUUCUCCAGGUAUUGUUUGAGUUCCAGAAUGUAGUAGGGCACCCUCCCUGCCCUGCUACUAGGGAUCAGGAUUAUGCUAAACUCCAGGAAGUCAGAAACUCAACACUGACGAAGCUGAGUGUACCAGUGGACAAGGUUUCUGAUGAACUUCUCUCUCUUCUCUUCUCUGAACUGAGUCCUGUCUGUGCCAUUGUAGGAGGAGUGCUGUCACAGGAGGUUAUCAAGGCGAUAUCGAACAAGGACUCCCCGCACAACAACUUCUUCUUCUACAACCCUGUAGACUCCUGUGGAGUGGUCGAGACUAUCGGAUAUUAGAAAACUCCUUGGGAAGGAGUUUUCAUCCUUUUCAACCUUCUUUAACUCCUCUGUAAGGAUUUUACAAACUUCCUAUUUUUUUUUAAAUCAUAAAAGAAGGAUUUGACCACCUCUAACAACCAUUACUGCUCCUAAAGGAAGCUUUACAGUCUCCUAUUUUUCCAAUUCCUUCUAAAGGAGAUUCCUCUUACUACUCCAAUAUUUUUCUUGUGACAUUUUCCUCCUUUAAAUUGUGAUUCUUUUCUCAAGGUUUUCAACGCUUAUGCUCAUUUGGUUUCUUUUCACCAUCCAUAAUAUCCCCUAUAGUCCCCUCUGCUCCUUCGUUUUCAAGCCAAAAGUGAAUGUAUGUAACUUUUAUUUCUUUUUUUAUAUUUUCGGAAAAUCAUCAAUCUUCAUUUUUCAGA